CUGACGAUGAUUUCGUCUAUGUCUGUCUGUUCCCCCAUUAUUUGAGAACUUGUGUUGUACGAAAUGCAUAUGAAUUUGGGUGUCUCUGAGUUACUGUGUAAUGGGAGAGUGAGAGUGAUCUUUCUUCUGUUGUUGAUGCCACUGCCAGCUGUUCUGGGUUGGGGAAAGGAGGGUCACUACGCAAUUUGUAAGAUAACACAGGAGUAUCUUACUGAAGAUGCUCUAUUUGCAGUCAAACAACUGCUUCCAGAUUCUGCUGAAGGUGAUCUUGCUGCAGUUUGCUCUUGGGCUGAUGAGGUUAGGCAUAAUUACCACUAUCGUUGGAGUAGUGCCUUACAUUAUGUUGACACACCAGAUUACAGAUGUAACUAUGAAUACUGCAAUGAAAUUGUUGUGGUUAACAUUAUUGCAUAUUUAGACUGCUCAAUCUCCUAUAAGUAUCUCAUGGUUCUUAUAGGAGACUGUCAUGAUUCUUAUGGACAUAAACAUAGAUGUGUUACCGGAGCGAUAUACAAUUAUACAAUACAACUCAAAUCAGCUGAUGCAGACACUUCAUCUGAAUUAAACUAUAAUUUGACAGAGGCACUUAUGUUCUUGUCUCAUUUUGUUGGGGAUGUUCAUCAGCCCCUACAUGUUGGUUUCACAGGAGACCUAGGUGGAAACUCAAUAACAGUUCGUUGGUACCGGAGGAAAACAAAUCUUCAUCAUGUAUGGGAUAAUAUGAUCAUUGAGUCUGCUCUGAAAACAUUCUAUGGUUCAGAUCUUUCAAUUAUGAUACAAGCUAUUCAAAGGAAUAUUACAGAUAUUUGGUCAACUGAUGUAUCGAUUUGGGAACAUUGUGCACACAACUACACAGCUUGUCCAGAUCGGUAUGCUUCUGAAAGCAUUAGCUUAGCAUGCAAGUUUGCGUACAAGAAUGCCACACCAGGAAGCACAUUGGAAGAUGAUUACUUCCUUUCUCGGCUACCUAUUGUGGAGAAAAGGCUGGCUCAAGGUGGUGUGCGACUAGCAGCUAUCCUCAACCGUAUUUUUACUCCUAAGACUAGAAUUGCUCAAGCUUGAACACACAUCUUUAGGGGAUCAUUUCCUACUAUAUAUAUAUAUAUAUGGGAUUGUCUUUUCUCAUGUCAUUGAAGAUAAGAGUAUCUCCUAUAGAGACAUUUUCAAGUGGAUCUUACACUAUAAGAAAAAAAGAAAUUGAUGGCUCAAAUUUCGAAGAGUCUAAGGCAUGAGGUAAGCUUUCUUCAGCAGCAUAAGAAAAACAUUACCCUAUAUAUAUAUAUAUAUGGUAAAAUCAUUUGUACAGCCGCUUUACAGAACAGACGUAUGAUUAUGAUUUCUCACAUUUAAUACUUUCAUGUAUAUAUAUGGUAAAU